CUUUCCCACCACGUCUCUUAUCUGAAAAUACACCUCUUGACUAUCUAAAGCUGUUUUCAAUUGACUGACCAUUACUGGCGUAGUACAAGACACGAUGGCCUUAUUCGACUCCUUUCCGGAGUUUGUAAAGUCUCCCACCACACAGACCACCUUCCACUCGGCGUUCCCUCCGUUGAAGGUAGACAAGCGGUAUCGAGGUGUUUAUGAACGCGCAGGGUUCGAAAUCUUCAAAAGAGAGAGUCCCAACUCAUCCAACCUGAGUUCCAGGUCUGUCUCAUCGCCAAAUCCCAGCCCACGAAUUGCCUCAUCCCCCAGCGUCAGUAGGACAAAUACGCUGCAAGAACAGAUUCAGACGCCAACUCUGUUGAGAAAUGUGAGCGCCUCCAAACUCGGUGAACCUAGCAAGCCAGGCCCUCAUGGCCAAUCCCAGGGCUAUCUAAGUCAAGGUCUAGACCAAACUCACAGCGAUAACCCAACUCCCCGCAGCCAGCCGAGCGGAAGUCGCUCCAUCUCCAGCCUGUACCGAAGAACGAAGCAAGUCUCCAGCCCGAACCCACAUAAUAACAACCUUCUUGCUGUCUCAGGCUCCGCAUCCCCCUCUCCAUCGCCUAUCUCCGGAGUGUUCCCCAACACUCAGGAGACUCUUCCCGAAACAAGUUUGUUUAACGCUGCGAGAGAGGACCGUUCCAACUUAUCAGCCUCGACAAUGGACUCCGUCCCGGCAACCCAGUCCCAGAGAUCGCAAUUUAACCCGUAUCUGAGGAGUAAAGCCCAGCCGCCUGGCCACGCUGAAAAGAACGUCAAAGAAUUGAAAAUACACGUACCCCAGAACAGCCAAGGCUCGUCCAACACGGGCAGCACGGGCAACGUAUGGCAGACAUCUUCUGUUUCCUCCGCGUCCUCUUCCCCAGAUCACUCUAAGCACCAGCACUACACUGGGGUGUCCAGUUCUACGGGCAUCACUGAAGCGGACGACUUUGAGGCGAAGCCGAGCGAGCACACCUUUGACGGUGAGUACUCCGCUCACGAAAUCACUCAGCGUUUGAUGAACGACACCUUUUUCAAAGACGGCGUGGCUGACGAGACGAUAUAUGAUGGCGACUUUCCUGCUUCCUUGCCCGCUGACCAGCGCACGCUACAGGGAAUGGGUCGUGGUAUGAGUAAACGAAGCAAAGAAGCGGGAGAUCCAUACCCCUCUACCGCCCCAUACCCUGUCUCCGACAUUGCAGUCGGUGCUAUCCCCCCUCCGGCCGAACGUAGCAUGUUUUAUGGCAUCAGUGCCAGUGUCACCAAAACCAACGAGCAAGACAACAUCCUGCGCCCUAACGCCCCUAUUGAAGAGCGUUCUCCGUCUGACACCGGGUCGAUGGUCGAACAGCAGUUCAGGAACUUCCAGAAGGAAACUGACUUGAACGCUCAUUUAGACAUGUUGAAGAGCGAGUUGUACCAAAACAAGAAACCAUUGGCCGAACCCGCGGCAGAUCACAGACCCCUGUAUUUGACGGUGGAUAACUUGGAGCCGGCCCAUACUCGGAUGGACCAAACUAAUCGUGUGAGUGCGUUCAGCAUGGUGAGCUCGAUUUUGUCCAAGAGUGACAACGAAAACGAGUUUGAAAGUGGUGACUAUAAGCGCAAAACGAUGCCGGGUUUGUUUGAAGGCAAGCACUUCUCGCAAGGGGCUGAAGGCGACGACGGGAAUAUGUUCAGCGCCUUCAAGGCUCCGCCUCUCCCAGCGGUGCUCGUAGAAAGCAACGAUAAGGGGGAGGUAAAGGUGCCAUAUCCAGCGGCAUUCAACACCGCCUUGAUGCCACUUCCCGAAGAUUUUACCCCAAAGGCAUCUCUUCCUGAUACGGCUAUGGUAUCCGAAGACUUGGCAACUCUGGCUCCUGUAGCCGAAGGUAUCUACAGCAGUGAAGAGCCAGGGCUUCAAAAUGUGAGGUCCCAUAACGAUGCUCCUUCGUUCAAUAACUCUGAUCCAGAGUUUUCGAUUGUGGAACCUCGCAACAUUCCGUCCUUCAGCGUGGACAACGCGGCCAAUCUUAAAACCAUGGACCAUGAGUUUCUUAGGCAGCCCCUCUAUCCACCCACCCAACCACAGGGUGUCUUGACCGGUGGUGAUGUCCACCUGCCUGAUUCAAAGCUCCCACUGACUCUGAUUCACGCUAAACACCAAUCCGAUGCGACUGAGAGGUCGUCCCUUGGCUCUGGCGCUCCCCCAAUUCCAUCUGCCAUGCUGGUGGACGCUUUUGGCGAACUGUUUGAAAAUUCCCUUGAAGAUCCGUACCAGAAUCUUGCAGAUACCACGUUUGGCACCUCUUGCAGCUUUGACUUUGACGUUCCAGUGAAGCCUUUGUCAUUUGGAAAGUCCAGGAACAACUCCACCUCUACUGCCAACUCCCACCGAAACGUCUUAGAUCUAGGAAACGCCUCGGAUCUGGGAAAUGCCUCCCACGGAGAGCCUUACGCUCACAGCGAGUACGGCAAAACUGCAACACAGGAUAACGGAGAGUAUCGCCUGAGAGAAGAGCAAAGAGUGGACUACGAUCCUAGCUAUGACACCCAACCCUACGAAGAUUUUUUCCAGGAGGUUCACGGAGAUCAUAGAGAGCACAAAGAUGGCUAUAAAGUAGAGGCUAGAGACAAUUCCUAUUCUGAUCCAUAUAGGGACGUUCCUCAGUUCAAAGAUAACGUUUACAACAACAUCUACAACAAUGACUACAAUACCCAAAACACUUGCAACGACGACUACAAUCUUUCAUUCAACAGCACCCUUGCUGACGUUGACAUUCCGCCAAGACGUACUAUUGGCGAUAGAGAUCAAGCCGUAGAGCUUGGUAUGGAGGCCGCUGGAGAGAAGUACCCCUCCGGCCAGGGUCCGUGUCGCAAAUGCAAGCAGGUAAUUGAGAGAAAGCCAAUUUACUCCACAACGGGCGAGUUAUCUGGCCAGUGGCACAGGGGUUGCUUCAGUUGUUACGAGUGCGGCUUGAAGUUCAACAAGACAAUUGCGGUGUACGUAUUUGGCGACAAGCCUUACUGCCACCAGCACUACCACGUCUUGAACCAUUCGUUGUGCACCGUUUGCCAUCAGGGUGUGGAAGGGGAGUGUAUUAAGAACGAGAUCAACGACGUUUUCCACUUACACUGCUUGACCUGUAUGUGCUGUGACAAGCACAUUGACGCCGACUACUACGUGAUUGAUAACGCCAUUUGGUGCGAAGAGGAUGCCCAGGCAGAGAUCCAGAGAUUGAAGAUGCAACAGAGCGUCAGCAAGUUGGAGAAGAGAAGAACGCAGUUGUUCUAUAUCUAGGCGAGGACUAUAAGCGAUUUUUCUCUCUCUUUUGAACUCCCUUAUUUUAUAAACGUGUGUGCAGCUUUGCAUUGUGUAGUGACUAGCGGGAGAUAAAUUCAGCGGAGAGUAAACGCUGGCAAUCAUUUCCACUUGAUGAG